AAUAAAUUUCGUAAAGUCCAAAAAUCAUAUCAAACAUUGUAGAUUUUCGAAAGACAACGAACCAACCACAAACGAAAGAGCUGCGUGUUGGUGUACACCAUGAAGCUGAUCAUGAUUUUUCUAUUCUACCACUUUAGUGCAAUCCUGCUUCUACCAGCACAGGCGCUGCCUUACAGCCCCUGGCUAUCAACUCAGCGCUAUGGCCCGCUCUACGAAGGCGUGAAGCUUCUAAUCGCAGACGCCGAAUUUCAAGCAGAGCUGACCUUCAACGAAACCGAGUAUCAGCUUAACGAAUCUGUCAGCGCCAUGCAUGAGAUGCAGUCGCUAAUCACCGAAUACGAACACUUGAUUGGAGAACGUCUUCACGCCAUGCUUGCCAAUUCGCGUCCGACUGAAGCCCACAAACACUGCUACCAUCAGCACGAGCUCGCCAUUGCAACUUUCGACCGUGAACUUCUGGAGAAGCGACGUAGCUGUAAGCGUAUGUUGGAGGUUAGUUUGACUGCUUUGAAGAAUGAGGCUAAUAGUGAGAUCCAUUUUAUACGAAGCGCUGCAGCGGAAGCUCGCAAUGUGGUUGGCGCUUGCAAUGUGGCUGCGCUGAAACGGCAUAAUAGUAACAUCGAUCAGGUGGGCAUAGCAAUGUGUGUUGUUGGACGGAUUGGUGCGCUUAAUCAGCGACUCUUUGAAGCAUCACAAAAUUUUUUCGAUGAAAUCGCCGCUGUGAUGCUCGAUGGAGAUGAUGUAGAUGAUGUAGGUGACAGUUGCGGUGACUUCGAUGAAUUGCGCCAACAAUUUGAGAGAGUUUAUGCUGAUAUCAGUAAUUGUAUUGCGCGUGGCGGCUCAUAAAUUAUGAAUAUAAAUAAGUACUUGAUUGUAUAAAUAAAAGUGAAGACAUUUUAUUUCUUUAA